AUGCUGUUUCAUCUGCCACGUGCAUACACUCAUCUGUGUAGAGACGUGUGUGACAAAAAUAAGUGUGGCCGUUUUUCUCUCUCUCUUUGUCUCCCUUUUUCUCUCUUUCUCUCUCUCUUUGUCUCCCUUUUUCUCUCUUUCUCUCUCUCUUUGUCUCCCUUUUUCUCUCUUUGUCUCCCUUUUUCUCUCUUUGUCUCCCUUUUUCUCUCUUUGUCUCCCUUUUUCUCUUUUUCUUUUUCUCCCUUUCUCUUUGUCUCCCUUUUUCUCUCUUUCUCUUUGUCUCCCUUUUUCUCUCUUUCUCUUUGUUUCCCUUUUUCUCUUUCUCUUUGUCUCCCUUUUUUUCUUUCUCUUUGUCUCCUUUUUCUUUCUUUGUCUCCUUUUCUCUUUCUCUUUUUCUUUGUCUCUUUUCUCUUUUCUCUUUGUCUCCUUUUUCUCUUUCUCUUUGUCUCCCUUUUCUCUCUUUCUCUUUGUCUCCUUUUUCUCUUUAUCUUUGGAUUUUUUUUCUCUUUACCGUAUUUGAUAUUUUCUUUUUCUUUUCAAUUUUUCCUUUUCAUUUUUUUUAUUUUUUAUUUCAUCGUCUGUUCUUUUGGUUCGCCUCUCUUUCUUUCCUUCUCUUUUCCUUGUCUUUUUCUUUCUUUUUCCUUCAUUUUUUUUAUUUUAUCAUUCUUCUUCUCUUUGCCUUCACUUCCUCCUCGUUUUUUCUCUUACUUUUUCUGUCUUUUGGUUUUACGUUUUUGGUUUUUUCAUUCUUAUUUUUCAUUUUUUUUUUUUUUUUUUUUUUGUUUUCCUUUCUUUUUAUCUUCAGAAGAACAAAGAAAAAACAAAACUGUUUUCCUUUGUUUACGCUUUCCUUUUUCGCCUUUCGCUUCGAUCCUUUCUUUUUUUCGCCUUUCGCUUCGAUCCUUUCUCUUUUACCGCCUUUCGCUUCGAUCCUUUCUCUUUUACCGCCUUUCGCUUCGAUCCUUUCUCUUUUACCGCCUUUCGCUUCGAUCCUUUCUCUUUUACCGCCUUUCUUUUUUAUCUGUUAUUUUUUCUUUUUCGCCUUUUUCGUCUAUUUUUUUUUCUUUUUCGCCUUUUUCGUUUAUUAUUUUUUUUUUCUUUUUCGCCUUUUUCGUUUAUUAUUUUUUUUUCUUUUUCGCUUUUGUGCACAGAAAAACGAUGAAGAAAGUAAAACCUUUCUUCCUUUUUUUUUUCUCCCCCCUGCUCUCUCACCCUUUCCCCUUCCCAUUCUUAUCUUGUCAUCUCAUUUAUCGUCCCUACCCCAACUCCAUCUUUCCUUUCACUUAUUUUGUCCGUCUUCCUGCUUAA